GAAUGUGCGUUGGAAAAGCUGCUCAACUCCAGCGGGUCACGGAGGAUGGGCCAGACUCAGACACACUGAAGACCCACGCCUUGAGAACUGGGGAGCGCGAGCCCGCAUCUGUGAGGGAAAAGCCGGCGAAUCUGGAGGAGUCAGGUCCGCCUCUCGCGCCUGGGCUUUUCAGAACUGUGGUCACUUCUCCGUCUCCGGUGAUAAUUCUUCCCGCCUGGAACUGAAAAUAAUGAACCUAUGCAUGAAAGUUUUCGCUUUCAUUGCGCUCGGCGUGGUGAUUUUUGUGUGUAUUUAUAACAGCCAGCUAAGCCUGCCCAACCUCUACCAGCGGCUCAACAGCUCCAGCGAAAGGGCGUCUGUCAUCGCCUGUGAUUCUGUCUUGCAAAAUCAUUCGUUCUUCUUGACGGGAAACACAUCGCCACGUCCUUUAGCAAGACUCUCCUGCUCUCAGUACCAGCUCCAGAGCCACUAUAUUACCAGUCCCCUGUCCGAAGAAGAGGCUGCCUUUCCACUGGCCUACGUCAUGGUGAUCCACAAAGACUUCGACACCUUUGAAAGGCUCUUCAGGUCAACUUACAUGCCCCAGAAUGUUUACUGUGUGCACGUGGAUAGUAAGGCAACAGAGACCUUCAAAGAAGCAGUGCGUCGGUUAGUAAGCUGUUUCCCUAAUGCCUUCCUGGCCUCUAGGAUGGAGUCGGUGGUCUAUGGUGGCUUCUCCCGGCUCCAGGCUGACCUGAACUGCUUGAAAGACCUGGUGGCCUCCAAGGUCCCCUGGAAAUAUAUCAUCAACACCUGCGGACAGGACUUUCCUUUGAAAACCAACAAGGAAAUAGUUAGCUAUCUGAAAAGAUUUAAGGGGAAAAACAUCACUCCGGGGGUGCUGCCUCCUGGGCAUGUAAUUGUACGGACUAAAUACGUACACCGAGAACGUAAAGGCAGAGUCAACUACUCUAUGCAAAAAACAAAUAUUUUGAAGAGUCCCCCUCCACACCAACUGAUCAUCUACUUUGGCACAGCCUACGUGGCCCUCACCCGGGACUUUGUCAACUUUAUCCUGAGUAACAAAACGGCCACUGAUCUCUUAGAGUGGUCUAAAGACACCUACAGCCCCGAUGAACACUUUUGGGUGACACUCAAUAGGAUUCCAGGAGUCCCUGGCGCUAUGCCAAAUGCAUCCUGGGAUGGGAACCUCAGAGCUGUGAAGUGGAGGGAUAUGGAAUCGAUCCACGGAGGCUGCCAUGGUCACUACGUACAUGACAUUUGCAUCUAUGGAAACGGAGACUUGCCGUGGCUAAUUAAUUCGCAAAGCCUGUUUGCUAACAAAUUUGAACUCAACACAUACCCUCUUACUCUGGAAUGCCUAGAACUGAGGCAUCGAGAAAGAACGCUCAAUCAGAGUGAAAUUGCCAUACAGCCCAGCUGGUAUUUCUGAUCCGCAGCAGCUCUGGCCUGAACGGAAAUCGAAGAUGUAAAGAAGAGCCUUCAUUUCCAGGAGACUCUUGUCUUGGCUAUGCUGAAGGCUUUAAGGAAAAAAAAAUGGUUUCAGGAAACCGUCAGGACCUGGCAACAAACUGCUUAAACUAUCCGCUGGACACUGUGAUACAUUUGACAGGAUGGCUGCACACAGCUGUCUGGCCAUUUCUUUUGAAUGUCUUUUCUUUUCUUAUCACCACCCCCUUCCUGUUGCUCUGUUUUGUUUGUUUGUUUGUUUGUUUGU